AUGACGGUUGAUACCAAGGAGACAGACCAGACGCCACGAUGGCGCCUGUUGCCACAGAUCAUUGAUGACCUUGCCAGAGAUGUCCCGGCCCAGAUCAUCACGUCCAUUCCCAAGACGGACGAAGUUGAGGACGGUUUCGUUGAUUUCUUGGACAAGACUCUCGGGAAGGGCAAGAACUUCGAGACAUUGACCUACGUAGGACCUAGCGAUCUGCGAUAUCCCAUCCUCGCUCUCGCUGCAAACAAGGCUGGUUACAAGAUGUUCUGGACAUCGCCCCGGAACAGCCUAGAAGCGCACUGUCAGCUUGUCGAGGCAUCGCAAUCGACAAUCUUCCUCACACUGGCCUAUGUAGCCCCAAGCAUCCAUGCAAUCAUCGACAAGAUGAAGAUGCGGCAGAUUGUGAUUCCAGAGCUGGCAGAUUGGUUAGAAUCAAAGCAGAAGCCGGUCUACUAUCCUUUCACAAGGACGUACGAAGAGUCCUACCUCGACCCCUGCAUGAUUAUCCAUACUUCUGGCUCUACACCUACACAGUUUGUCUUCUUAUCAAGACUCGACGCCAGCGCUGACUUAUUUGUGCAGGAAUUCCCAAACCCAUAG